CUAAACAUUAAAUUAUACUCUAGAACUGUAUUUUUUAAGUUACUUAACCGCCAUUAGAAGAAAUCAUUUUCUUGUCAGGUUAAUUAUUGUACUGACAGUUUUAUUCAAAGUCGCCAUAAUUUAGAUAAAUUGGCAUUACUCACAAUGUUCAGAAAAUUCAACAUUCAUCAGGUAAUAAAGAGCCAACAUUUGGUGAAUUUUAUUAUGUUAAGACCUAUAGACCUAUGUGUUUAAAUCUCCGCAAUUAAGACUUGAACCAAAUAACAGCAGUCGCAUGUACUGUCUGUUUAAUAUAGUUAAAUAUUACAAAUGUAUCAACAGAAAUUGUAGUCUUUUAGGUAUGCGGUGAUUAGUGAAAUUGUGAAAAAUCGCAAAGGAUAACAAACAUUUUCACUUUCUGUUAUUGUGUUAUGACACAAUAAGGAAAUAAGAACUAGACCUCGAAUUCAGGACGGAGAUAUCAGGUUCUCAAUUGCUUUAUAACUUAUAGUUUAUUACACAGCUCUCUGUAAUACUUGAUUCUUAUCGCACCAUCCAGUGAAUUGAUCCCCCUACAGUAAAAACACAGGCUCGUCUGGAAUAAUGAACAGCUUCUAGAAUAAAAGCGUGGAUCACCUGAACUUUUUGAUAAUCAGCAGUAUGGAUCGCAGUCUGACCAUUGUGUUAUUUGGAAACUCUGCUGCAGUCCAGUUCCAACAUGACAAUUUUCUUCUUGGAGAAAUACAACCAAAUAUGGGAAAUGCAACAGUAUCCAGGACUGUUCCUGUUCAGAUGAAAAAAUCAGGACAUCACGUGUCAAUGAUCAACCUAAUUGGCUUGCAUGAGACUGCAGUUGACCUGGAUGCUCUCAGUGGCCAACUAGUAAAUGAAAAUGAAAUCAUCGCCUUCAUCUUUGUUGUGCGACUGGGCCAGUUAACAGAUUCUGAUAAGAUGGGUAUUGAGUGGCUUCAGAGAGUAUUUGGUGACAGAGUUCUUCCAUUUGUGAUGAUUCUCUUCACCUAUGAGAGCGAGGAAGAGUCUGACUCUAUAAUCGAUGACCUGAAGAAAAACUCUGCUCUGGAGCGACUGAUUGAGAAAUGUGGCAGAAGAUACCACACCUGCAGAAAGAACAUGAACAACCAAUCAGAGAUGAGAGACCUUAUGAACAGGAUUGAGCAACUGUUUAUUGAUAAUAGGUGCCAGUGCUACAAAUACAACACAGCGUUAAGUGAGAGAGAAGAUGUGCAAAAUAGGACAUGUCAAAGUGAUCAACCCACAAUUAUUGGAAAGAGUAUGGACUAUACCUUAACAACAGAGACAAGAGAGACACGUAUGGAAAUAGUACAGAAGUGUUCGAUAGAUGGAGCAAGAUUGGAUCAAAAUGGAAAUGGAAGGAGGGAAGAAAUAGAGCAUCUAUUUCACAGACUUCAUCUUGAUAAAAGGCACUCCUCUAAAUUAAGAGCUGCAGAUGUUCUUCAGCUGACGACACAUUCAUUGCAGUCCCAUGAGUCUUGUGCUGAGAAGGACGUGAUUCAGACUUUCCUACAAAAACUACUGACGAUGAACUACAGAGCAAAAAACAUUAAAAUUAUAGACACUCAUCAUGAUGGACAACAAAGAAAGAAUGACUUAUUUGAUGAUGAGGAUGAGGAUGAUGCUGAUAUUUUCCAAGCUGAAUCUUCGGUUCCUGAAGAAACAAACAGAAGUAAUGCUAUUCAUCCGAUGGAUAUUCAAAUGGCUGUGUUUCAUUGUGCUGAUAGUUUCCUAAAGCAGCUCCUGGUGACUAAACUGUCUCAGUGUCAGUACGCUCUGCCUCUUCUUGUUCCUGAUCCAUUUGCACAAGAGAUUGAAUUUCCUCUCUGGACAUUUAGACAAAUCAACAAGAGCUGGAAGAUGAAAGAUACCAACAAUGAAAUCAUCAGUAAAAUUCAACCAGUCUGGAAGGCAGAAACACCUAUGGUGUCUUUCUUCAGGUUUGGCUCAUUGUCCUCAUCCAAAUCUCAGCUGAUUAACAGUUUGAUCAAUGAGAGACACAACACGUUCUUCCACAGGAACUGCCCAGGCAGCAGCAAAACAAGAGUACUGAUGGAUGGAGUGGUGGAGAUCACCUGGUACUGUCCCUCUGGGACAGACACAGAUAAAUUUGAUCAAUGUAUUGCGUUCUGUAAUCUACAUGGUGAUGCAGAAGACAACAAGAAACAGCUGCAGAUCCUCACUGAAAUGGCCUCAGUCAAUGUUGUUAUUCUACCACAACUUGACAAAAAUGACAAGAGUGCAGCACAGAUGCAAAACCUGUACAGGGGCAGAAAACCACUUAUUUGUCUUUUUACAGAGGAUGAAUCUACACUAAGUGCAAUGAAAAAAAAAGGAAAAUACAAAAUUGGACUAAAUACCAGAAAUCAGUCAGAUGUAUCUGAAGAACUUGUACAAGCUAUAAAAGAUUGCCUCUCGUUCUCAUCAUCAGGAUCAUCUCCUACUUUCAUUCUUGAAAAUGUGUCCAAACAGUCUGGUAUUAGAGUAGAUGAGGAUUAUGACAACGACUGCAGAAGAGGAAAAGAAGCAGCCCAGCAGAUGAUGGGUUUACUGAAGGAAAAAAAACUGACAGAAAUCAAAGAAUCAUUUCUGCCCUGUCAGGGGAAGCUGUGGCAUCAGUGGUGUGAAAAGAACAAAGAACUACAUCGAUCUCAGGGAAAUGAAAUAGACACAGAAAUAAAACAGAAACAAGAAAUGAAGACAAUCCGUGAACAGCAGCAUGUGUUGGACAUUGGUGAGUUUAUGAAGUUGUUUAUUACAGAAAUGAAUUCACAGUCUCCAAAUGAAAAGAUAUUUUUUCUUAAAUGGCUCACAAUCCUCCUGGAUGAAUACACCUCUGCUGACCUAUCUGCUCUACAUUUUGAAUAUAAUGAAAAAUGGUCAAAAAUCAGAGCUGAGCAACAAACAAAUGAUGAACACACAGAACUUGUGAGGAUAUCAAAAGAACUUCAAGCUGCAACCUUUGGCUUGGAGCACAUCCUGAGGGAGAUCGGUCAGAUCUAUGAAUCGUGUAAAUCAGUGAAUAAGAACAAGGAAGGCCUGCCGUGUGAUUUUUCUUCUCUCGCGAGUCUUGCAGCAGAGAUGAUGAUCUCUGGAUUUCCACUGGAGCUGAUGGAUGGAGAUGCUGCUUAUGUUCCUGUGGUCUGGGUCACUGCUGUUUUACAUGAACUCAUCAAGAAACUGGGAGACCAGAGAGUCUUUGUGUUGUCAGUUUUAGGGAUUCAGAGCUCUGGGAAAUCCACUAUGCUGAAUGCCAUGUUUGGACUCCAGUUUGCUGUCAGUGCUGGCAGAUGCACCAGAGGAGCUUUCAUGCAGCUGGUCAGAGUUUCAGAGGAGAUGAAAAAACAGCUUAAGUUUGACUACAUUCUGGUUGUUGAUACUGAGGGACUUCGUGCUCUAGAACUGUCUGGGAGGUCAACAAGACAUCAGGACAAUGAAAUGGCCACAUUUGUUGUUGGUCUUGGUAAUCUAACAUUGAUUAAUAUCUUUGGAGAAAGCCCAUCAGAGCUGCAGGAUAUUCUUCAGAUCGUUGUUCAGGCCUUUAUGAGGAUGAAGAAGGUCAGACUGAAUCCCAGCUGCAUGUUUGUUCAUCAGAACGUUUCAGAAGUCACAGCCGGAGAGAGAAACAUGGAGGGAAGGAGACGGUUGCAGGCGACGCUGGAUGAAAUGACAAAACUCGCUGCUAAAGAUGAAGUCUGUGAUGCAGAAUGUUUCAAUGAUGUUAUUACUUUUGACAUACAGAAGGAUGUGAAAUAUUUUGCACAGCUGUGGGAGGGCAGUCCACCAAUGGCACCACCAAACCCAUCAUAUUGUGAAAACAUCCAAGAGCUGAAGAAAACAUUUUUUAAUCAUGCCUCAAAAUCCGAUGGCUUACAGUUGACACACCUAAAAGGUCGCAUAAAUGAUCUCUGGGAGGCUCUACUGAAUGAACGAUUUGUGUUCAGCUUCAAAAAUGCUCUGGAAAUUGCAACAUACCGAAAACUGGAGACCGAAUACAGCAAGUGGUCCUGGAGUCUCCGCAGAACCAUGCUGGAUAUAGAGAACAAACUCUACAUCAACAUAGAAAAUGAAACAAUUGAUGAGGUUUCAGAAAGUGAUCUUCAAGGAAAAUUAAAUGUGAAAUGCAGAGAAGUAGACAAAUCUAUGUCAGAAUUCUUUGAGAAAGACAAAGAUAAAGAUAUACUGGUACAGUGGAAAUCAUCAUUUUAUAUCAAAACCAAAGAGCUUCAGGAAAACAUUGUGAGAGAGACAAAUAGGAAAUUAAAUGAAAUUCUUCAGCAGCGAGAUAUGAAGAAAAGGAUUGAUGCUCAGAGGACCGCCGAAAAAUACUCUCUUGGAAAAGAGCAAAGAACUUGCACUAAACUCAAAGACAAGGCCAAUGAUGAAACUAUCCUGAAAAAAGAGUUUGAUUACUUUUGGAAAGAGUGUGUUAAGAAGAUUACCAGAGAAACUCCCCAAAUCAAAAACAUCGAUGUAUUAAAUGACAUGAAACAACUCCUUAGUAACUAUGAAAGUGUCCCUGUAAAUGACUGGAAGAAGAGCAGGGAUAUUUUCUCUGUGUCACGUUAUUCAGAUUAUGUACAGAAACUCUCAGAGGAGUUACAGGAACAUACCGUCAGAUCAGCUAAACUGAAGUUUGAGGUUGAAUCCCAAAUUAGAUCCUUAGUCAAUGACAUUGCUCAACACGCAGACAAAAUGAUCAUGUCAUAUAACAUUUCAAAGAUGGGUUACAACAAAACCUACACUCAAGAACUUGCAGAUUAUAUCAAAGCAAGAGUAGUAGAUUAUGAGCAAGGUUCCAGGAACUAUGUGUUCAUUAAGGAAUUUUACAUGGAUUUGGUCAUUUCCAUCUGUAAGAAAGAAAACAAGGUAAUUACUGACCAACACAGAAAGUUCAGGGAAGCCAAUGAUCCUGUUUUAUACUUUGAAAAGAAGAGCAAAGAGUACUAUAGUAUUUUCCAGAAAUACUGUCAAGGUGCAACAUCAGCUGCUAUUUUUGGGGAGAUCAUCUGUCAGAAACUGAAAGAGCCCAUUCAGAAGAGUGUCUACAAAGAUACUGCCAGAGAUUUGACUAAUGAAAUUAAAACAAACUGUGAAUCACUAAAUGGAAACAGAUCUAAAAUAGAGAAACACAUCCUCAAGACUCUGGCAGAACAGGAAGAUUUUGAUAAAUACAUUAACUACAUUUACAGUCCCAGAGACCACUUAAAGAGUUUCAUCAGAGAUGAAGUCAAUCAGUACAUCACUGAUAAGUUUGAAGUCAGCGUUCGGCCCAAAAUGGAGGAGAACAUUAAACUUCUGCAGCAGAAGAUCAUGGAAGCGGCUCAUAGAGCGACUACACUGGUCAACACGACCGGCGGAGAUGUUCAGAAGUGGCUGAAUGAUUUCGCACGGCAGCUCUCAGAUGUGCUUAUAUUCUCUGUAAAGGACCUCAGUGGAGUGAGUCAUGAAGGUGUUGAUAAUUUCAAGCUCCUAGAAGAUGUGAUAAGCAAACUACUUGGUUCAGUGUCAUCUGAAAUACAGCAAAAAUUCAGCACAGAGACAUUUCCAGAAAAUCUGGAACAUAAAGACAGACCAGAUGAGAUUCUGAUUGAUCAUCUCUGUCAGUGCUGUUGGAUUCAGUGUCCGUUCUGUGCAGCCACCUGCACCAACACUGUAGAAAACCAUUCUGGUGAUCACAGUGUUCCUUUCCAUCGAGUCGAUGGACUCACUGGUAGCUGUUAUGAUGAAACAGAAUGUCUCAGUGCAGAUUUUUGCACAACAUUAGUGAGAACUAGUAAAAUGUUCUAUACAGGUCAGUGGUUUCUGUGCAGAGAGUACAGAAAAGCAGGAAAUGUUUAUGCAGAGUGGAACAUCACUCCUGAUUUCUCUGAGCUGCCGUACUGGAAGUGGUUUGUGUACAGAUUUCAGAAAGAUCUGGAAAAUCACUUUGAGAAAACAUUCCACAUGUGGAAUGAGAUUUCAUAUGAAUGGAGCCGAUACUCAAAAGAGCAGGCUAUUGAGAGUUUGGAUGAAUACAUAUAAUGACAAAUGAAAAUGACUCACAUGGAGAUCUUUGAUUCAUAGAUCAAAGCUUGAAACAAGUUUGUGAGUUGUGAA